AUGACAUAUCUUGCUCUUAGCCAGGCUGUCGUUGACAGGAAUAUGCUAGCCUUGUGUGUGCCCACGGCUGAAUGUCGACCAGAAAGGUGGCUCUCCAACCAUGAUCCAGUCACGUGGAAUGCGGCUUCUUUGACAUGUGCCGUCAUCCUCGAGAGUAAUUCCCCUGAAACAAGACACUUCUCUCCAACAAAUCCUUCAAUUCUGGCCUCUACAUCUUCUUCUGACCUUGAGAAAACGUAUCAAACACCUGCGACGUUAUUGAAAUCUGCAAUCAUGGCUUGGGGACGUUCAACACCUAAACCUCCCCCACCACCCCGCUCAGCUUUUAUGAAAUCUCUCCCUCUCCUCGUAUUUCUCAUAAUAGUUGGCGCAUUCGCAUUCAUUGGGUACCAUGUUUACCUAGCUACACAGCAGAUUUCGAAGUCUGCAUCGGAGAAGAUGGAAAAGAAGAAUGUCGUAUUUACGAAAGAUGGUGUCAAGGUUGGCGUUAAGCAAUUGAAGAACGAGAACUAUGUGGAUACGACACAAAGUUUCUUGGUAAAGGCAUGGAAUCUAAGUACAUGGCCAGGAUAUAAGAGCAAGUUAUGGAACCAGGAGCAGCAAGGAAAGGUCGAGUCGCGGAAACCAUUCUCUCGCUCUUCCUCCUCUAAUGUAUCGACGAAAUCAAAGUAA